CUCAAAUGCUUGGCUUGUCCUACCUUUAAAUACAUCUUCCCCUACUAGAUAGUUAUGACUCUUGACGCCUUUUUUUACUAGGGACUAAUGUGGAUAGUACAUGCCUCCUUUUCAUUUUUUGCCAAUGAACCUGCCUAAACAUCAUACAAGGGCCACUACCACCAUGCCGCUUCUUCCAACCGAAGCAGAUGCUUCUUUUCCCACAACCCCUGGCAUAAGUAAACGAAAGAGAGAUCCAGUCCCAACAGAAGUUAUCACUCCAUCAACAGAUAAGCUCAGUCCUUCUUCCAUUCACUAUCUGAACACGCAUUUUUGUAUAGACUAUCCUGGGCUUUCCAGAGAUAAUGAUAGUGGAGAAACUCUGGUUCGCCCCCGAUAUCUUUCCAAGAAACACCGACUUUUUCAACAAUCAUCCACUCGUCACAAACAGUCACUUUCGGAUAAUCUUUCUCAUUUGUUACACCAAGCAAAGAUUUCAUCUCCAGCCUUAGUUACCCCUACAGCCUCAAAGACAUAUUCUCCGCCAGUAUCUCCUAAAACCGUUUCAUCUAGCCUAUAUCAACAUCAGCAAAGUGUCUGUGUGUCUGCAGGAUGCCUACGCCCAUGCCACAUUUGUCACCGGAGACCAACAACCCGUGAAUUUAUUGAUGCAUAUGCGGAUUGUGACUUGUGCGGCCAAAGGAGCUGCUACAUCUGUCUCCGCUAUUGCGACGCCACCAAGUGCACCGGAUUGAUAAUGCUGUGUGAAAACUCACUCAGUAACCUGCAAUUGGAUUUCAAUGAUAACAGAUCACACCCAAAACAACCUCGGAAGAUUUGCUCCACAUGUGCCGUCGAAGGUGUGACUGAAUCAGGUACAGAAGUGAUACGAUGUCUUGAAUGUGUGCGAGGCUCCCCUCUUCAAUAACAGGGUGCUCUUCCACACUUUCGGGAACACUGCGACCGCCAACAUUAUGUGGACAUCAAGAUGGGCCUUCGCUGCAAUAUUUAUAGGAUGGAAUCUGCCCGAACACACCAGGCGCCCAGAGGACAUUGAAGUGUGGUCCUUAUGUAUCAUUUGCAGUCUGCAAGUACAACAGUGUCUAAGCCAUGCUGGUGGCCAAUUGAACUGCCGCAUAACAUAGUCUCGGCCGGUCAUCCUACAUCAACAUUGUCAACAAGAGAUUCCGCAUCCCUUCAAAAUUACAAGCCUGGACAAAGUGCACAUACUGGUGACGGCGAUAAUAGGCAUUAUAAUUUACAUGGGAUUAAUGGGAUCACUACUUAGUAUAUUGCAACCUUUACUAUGCAGGCUACUAUAAAGUACUGAAAUAGCGUGUGGAUGACAACGUCUCAUUAUUCAGCUUGCUG